GCUCGGUUGCACAAUGCAAUUUUGCUUAUUGUGCUGUUAUGUGGCCCUGCGUUAGUCUAGGUACCUAGGCUGAUGGUUAAAUUGACUUGUGGGCGAGCGAGAGAGAGAUGCAGGGCAGGGGAAGCAAAGUUUCCACUCUCUAAAAGGUGAGCCACCCCGUCAGUCCCUUUUUGGCACUCCCGUCUCACUCAUUCUAGGCCUGCCAAAGUUUCUUUUUUAUAUCACGGCAACAUCCCCCUUAUCCCCCACAGGGCUGGUUUUUAAUCCGUCCGUCUUCCUUUUUCUUUCCCCCACCCCAGAUCCCGAUCUGUUUUUCUCUGUGGCUCGGGCUAUCCUUUGUUUUACUUGUCGACGAACGGCUUUGUGCUCGCCUUUUUCUUCGCUUACACCCUUCACAUCUGUAUCACUUUGGGACUGCAGACGCUGCUUCUAGGCGAGGCAGCAAGCGGGGGACCGUGGUCGCUCUUUGUUGUAUUUGAUUAAGCCCUUUUUUUUUCGUCUCGUCCCAUCUCCAAAGAGGUCACGUCACGUCACGUUACGCAUUGUCACGCAUCCAUCGGUUUGAACAAAACACCCGCCGAUAUGGGCAACGCCAUCGAGCAUUCGGACCAAGAGUCCAGGGACACCAAGCCCGUUCCCAGCUCCAGCCCAAGCGUGCACGCCGCCGAGAAGGAAGGCUCUGUUGAGAAGCCCCACGACGGCCAGGUUGACUACAGCAAUGAUGACCUGGAAAGCCCCGGUUUUGACGCCGCUGCCACCAAGAAGCUGGUCCGCCGCAUCGAUUGGCACCUGAUUCCCUUCUUGGCCUGCCUGUAUCUGCUCUCUUUCCUCGACCGUACCAAUAUUGGAAACGCUCGUCUCGAAACGCUUGAGAAGGAUAUCGGCCUCUCUAACCUCCAGUACAAUGAUGCAUUGGCCAUCUUCUUUCCCUUCUAUGUCGCCGCUGAGGUGCCCUCCAACAUGGCCAUGAAGAAGUGGAGGCCGUCGAUCUGGAUCCCAUCAAUCAUGGUUGUUUGGGCUGUCUGCACAACACUCAUGGGCAUUGUUCACAGCUAUGCUGGCUUGAUGGUGUGCCGUGCCGCUCUGGGAAUUGCUGAGGGUGGUCUGUUCCCUGGCAUCACAUACUACAUUACCAUGUGGUACCGCCGUCACGAGUGUGGUUUUCGCAUGGCCAUCUUCUUCUCCGCUGCAACUGCUGCUGGUGCUUUCGGUGGUCUCUUGGCCCGUGGUAUCCUUGAAAUGCGUGGUGUUGGCAACCUCUCUGGCUGGCAGUGGAUCUUCAUUCUUGAGGGUCUUUUGACGCUCGUUGUUGCUUUGAUCGCAUACAAGGCCAUGUACGACUACCCUGACACGGCCAAGUUCUUGUCUCCUGUCGAGAAGGCCGAGGUCGUGAACCGUCUCAAGCUCGACCGCUCUUCUCUGGCCGAUGAGUGGGAUAUGCGCUACUUCUGGGACGCCCUCAAGGACUGGAAGAUCUGGGUCCACAUGCUUAUCACCAACGGCAUCUACACCGGCUUGUACUCAUACUCGCUGUUCCUGCCAACCAUCGUCAGCGGCCUCGGCUACACCGACCCCAAGCUGGCUCAGCUGAUGACUGUGCCGCCCUACAUUGUCGCCUGUUUCUUUUGUAUUUCAGCCGGUUGGUUGGCAGACCGCUUGGGACAGCGUGGUCUGUUCAUGAUCUUCUUUGAGAUGAUGGCUAUGGCUGGUCUAGUGAUGCUCAUCGUCAGCAACUCCAACGCCGUCAAGUACGCCGGCUGCUUCUUCCUGGCUUCGGGUAUCUACCCCAACGUGCCCCAGGGUGUCGCAUGGAACGGAAACAACAUCGGCGGCUCGCUCAAGCGUGGUGUCGGUAUCGCCAUGCACGUCGGCUUCGGCAACCUCGGCGGCACCGUCUCGGCCUUCCUCUACCUGAAGAAGGACGCUCCUCGCUACAUUUCUGGCCACAGCGCCCUGCUUGGCCUUCACGCCAUGUCCCUGAUCCUCUCGAUCUUCAUGCACAUCUACCUCCGCAGGGAAAACGCCCGCCGCGACAGGACCUUCAAGCCCCCAUCUGAGUACACCGAGGAGGAGAGGCUCCAGGAAAAGCAUAAGGGCGAUUCGGCGUCGUUUUUUCGGUAUACGAUCUGAUUAGAAACAAUGCAAAAGAAGUUGUGAUUUUGGUAGCCGCGUUCUUUAUAUAUGAAUGGACUUCUGGGGUGAAGACCCCGAUACAUAAGGGAUUAUCUUAUUUUAAUGAUGUUUGGAUCGUCGUUCUUGCCUGUUUCUCUUGUCCGUGCCCUUGAUUAACGGUAGAGCUAGGUGCUGAAUGUGAUGUUGUGGUCCUAUUCUCUGCGGAUCAUUGACUUCUCGAUGCCAUAGAGUGGGUAGUCAGUUUACCGAAUCCAAAACCGCCACUCCUCCA